UACAACAAUCCUAGCUCGAGGUCUGAGAGGUGCGAAAGCCCUGUAGAGUUUUUUCUUUGUCGGGUGGAUCUGUUAGCAUAGACGAAAAUGCCUAGAGGGGGUGCCAGAGGAGGAGGAGGUGGAGGAGGUGGAAGGGGAGCUAAGCGUAUAUUCAAGGGUCAGAGACGCCAUUUCACAGAUGAAGCACAGAUCACUUCAGACAUGGAGAAAGCUGAACGUGAACAGCAGUGGCGGAAAGCAAGAGGAGAGGUGGAUGAUGAUCGAGUGCAGCCUGGCGACCUCCCACCCUCUGGGUCAGAAUCUGAGGAGACAGACUCUGAAGAUGAAGCGGCAAAGCCAAAAGGAGUGGCACAUCUGAUUGAAAUAGAAAAUCCAAAUCGGCAGAAUCGGGCUCAGUUGAGGAAGGUGACAGAUGAAGCUGCCACUACUAAGACAGAAUUGUCAAGAAGGGAACGAGAGGAGAUAGAAAAGCAGCAGGCAAGGGAAAACUAUCAGAAACAGCACCUGGCUGGUAAGACGGAGGAGGCGCGGGCAGAUUUGGCCAGAUUGGCAAUCAUCCGCAAACAGAGGGAGGAAGCAUCUAAGAAACGUGACACAGAUGCUGAGAAAGCAAAAGAAGCAGUAACCAAGAAGAAAUCCUGAUGUUUCUAUGAAUAGACUUAUUUCAUAUUUAAAUAAGCAAGUGAUGAUUGGUUGUGGGUACAGCCAGACUACAGUACUAGUGAUGGAUGGUGGGGGUGAGGUCAGGGGUCGCCCUCUGAGGCACGUUAGGUCAAACCCGGAUUCCACAGUUAACAGCUUCCUUGGUUGUUGUGUUCUCAUUAUAAAGUCUUUGUCAUUGUUACCCUGGCUCAGCAGUUACUUGAAAUGUACACAUGGUAGACAAUUUCAGUAUCUAGAUUCAUUGUAACUCUUAAAUACUAAAACAGUUAAACAAUAUGUAUACUUUAUUUUCUAAUAUUUCAAAUACAUUUUCAAUGUCUAGAUUGUUAGAGGAAACAAUGAUGUUGAUAUUGCUGUACAUCAGAUUCCCUAGAUAACUUACUCUCAAUCAAGGGAUGAUAUUUUCUUUGAAUCCCAGACGAGGUAAAGCUGAAUGUUCGGUUUUGCAAAAUAUCAUACUGAGAUAGACGUAGUUCUUAAGCAACAGUAUGUGAUUUUUUUUCUCAUGUUUCUAAAAGUGAACUUUUUAUCAGACAAGAAUAAAUGAUCUGAAAAACAGAGAUAUUUCUAUCCAGAGCAAUCGGCAUUUGAAAACAAAAUCCAGCUUUGGCAUCAAACACUGAUGUCAUCACUGACAUGAGAUACUCACACUGGUCAUGGAUAUCCUACGAGAUUUCCUAUUCUGUGGCAUGGGAAAUUAUAUUGAUAGUAUAUUGCAUCAGCUUGUUUGUGUCAAAAUUAAUUUACUGAAUCAUAUGCAAUACUCCUAGUGGCUUUAAUACUUUGUUAUAUCCAUAUCCGUAUGAAAAGGGCACUGUCACAUUGAUUUGCACCCCAAAAAAAUGUAUAAAACACGUUUGAGUCUAAGCUUAAAUUUUGACCCUGACUAUCACAAACACUUUUGAGUCUGUGUUAGAUUUGAACACCUUCUAUCACAAACACUUUUGCAUCUAAGCUUAGAUUUGUACUGUGACAUAGUUUGAAUGUAUUGAAAAUUAAGCUCAAAAUUCAGUUGAGGCAGACUUACAGAAAGUCUGUGAUAUAUUAAGGCACGGAUAUUUAAAGUUUUUGAAAAUAUACCAGGAACUUGUAGUUAUGUUGGAAGAUAAUCCCCACCAAUAUAUAAAUACGUGUAUAAGAAACUAUGUUUGUAUACUGUUGUUGCCUUGUAAUUUAAUUAUCAUGCAUUCAAUUCAAGGCUUACAUGUAUGUUUUGUAGACUGAAGUAAUGAAGCACUAUGAUACAAGUUUCAUGUAAGGUAGAUGAUAUGCUAAAGUGCUAUGAAUUAGUCUUAUAUUUGGUACAUUAAUGAGGUACAUGCUAUAGGUCUUACAUCAAACAUAGAUGACUAUGCAAUCUAGGCACCAAAAUAGAUGAAAUUAUCAGAUUUUUUUGUUGAUUUUUUUUUUACUUCUUGCAAGUUUUAUGCAUGUGCAGUUUUCUAUGACAAGAGUAGUUGAUCAUUCACCAAAUCUUUCCAAACUCCAAAGUCUCUUUGUAAGAGGUCCACAUUGUGAAGUGUGAGCAAUUUAACUUUUACACAACAAUCUAAAAAAGGUUAUUAAUCAUGUUGUAAAUCAAUUAUUAUAUCAGGACCAAGUACAUCUUAUUUAGGAUAUAUUCAAAUGUAUGGUGAAAAUUGAAAACUCCCUGGUAUACUGACAAUUUUGUUGGGUCAUUGCUUGUUCCAAUGUACAAUUCUCCUUUAAUUAAAUUCAUUUAAAGAGCUGUGUUCUGAAUGUAUUAAUGAAAUGUUUGGAAGACAUUUCCUCAAAUGAAGUGCAUGUCCAUGCGUCGUUAAGGAGUAGAAUUGCAUUAUUAACUGUAUGGAAUCUAUUACCCUUAUAAAUCAUGUUCAUAUUAAUGUUUUCUGUGAAAAUAAGAUAACUGUUAAUUACCAUGGUGGUCAAGUGCUAUAUUAAAAUAUUUCGAGUUUA